AGUCAGUUUGUUUUGAAAUUUGCCGCGAGACGUUUGGUAAGCGCGGAUAAAAAGCAAUUAAAGUGACCGCGGCAAAUAUUCCACUAUCGAAUUGCCAAAUAAUUCCAAGUUAAUUGAUCAUCGACGCGAGUUGUGCUUAAUUGUUUAAAGACUUACAAUCUUGGUGAUAAAAAAUUGAAGAGUGAAAGAUUCUUAAGUUAAACGGUAGUAAAAAGAUUAAUUCAAUAAAGCAUUGAAAGCAUCCAUUCCAUAGACACAAGAAAGUGAAAAAAACAAAAACACAAUUUAAUUUUAAUGAGAGAGAAUACGAGAAAAAGAAUAUAAAAGUGUUCCUCUGAAAAUUUUGUCAAAUAAAGUUAAUUGGCUUAAACGCAAUGUGUUUGUUAGUUAUACUAAAAAAUACGUAAUAAAAUAAAUUAUAGAAAAAUAUAUAAAACAAUUGUUCAAAACUGCGAAAAAAUGCUUUAUAAACAUAUUUAAAUUAAAUAAAUAAAAAAUUAAAGUAAAACUAAUAUUGAAAAAACAACUGCGAUAAACAUGCAUCCAAAAAAUGCAACGAAAGCAAAAGUAUUGCAAACAAUUGAAUUUUAAUAAUAGCAGCAUAACGACAGUCAUGCAUGCUAAAAUGCUACAAAACGCACAACAAUAAUAAUAACAAUAACACUUGAAAAAAAUAAAAUAAAGGCACAACCAAUGAGUACACAGUCCGCCUCAAUAGGCGCGCAUUAGAAACCAGCAAACAAAAAGUAGAAAAAACCUACAAUGGGCAAGCAGAAAUUUAAGCUAAAGCACACAAACAGGCAACACUAAGCAAAACGCCGACAAUGUAAACGUAGCUGCUCAAACGCGUGGACGGUUAUCGAACUUUGAGCAGGCGAACGCAUCGUCAUCACUUGGCAAAAAAAAAAAAAACUCUAAAGCAAAAAUCAAACAAAAUGAGAUUGAAGGAAUUUAACGGAAAACUUUAAAGCAAUUUGUGAAAAUAAAAUGUCUAUGGUCGAAAAAAAACUUUUAAUUAAGAUACACAAAAAGCAUAUUUUUAUUAAAUGUAUACGAUUUAAUUAAAUUAAAAGUAUAAAUCAAGUGUGUAAAAAUUUGAUGUUUUCUAAAAUAUAUGUGUUUGUUGUGAAAAUUCUAUUAAGACAACUAAAACAAUGUUGCCAGCCUAAAAACAUUGUUAAGCAAAGCAGCAUCAUUGGAUAAUAGUUAACGAUAUUCAAAAAAUAAGACUCUUAUUUCUGUGCAAUGAACACUUCCACAAACACGCACCACGCCGAGGUACUGGAACAGUGAAGGCUGAAGUCAUAUAACGCACUCGCACUGCUUUAGAAUGAAAUGGAUGUGCAACAAAUUUUUGGUUACGGACGACGAAGAACCUUACAAACAACUACAACAACAAAUACGACUAUCACACAAACAUAUAGCUGUCGACUUGCAAAUGCGCCACGGACGCAACUCUGGGAAGCUGACAUCUGGUGUCGGCCACAAGCAAAUCUCAACGAUAGCAACGUGGGCGAUGGCAGCGCUAGAACAACACCGAAUGUGUAUACAACAUAUGCAACAGAUGCGACCGCAAAUGAAGCUAACAAUACAGAGCCAACAACAGCAGCGGCAUCAACGCUUACCCAGCCAUACCGCUGUGUACUUGAACAAUUCGAUGCGACAUUACAGAGAGCGCGCUACAAAUGUCAACCAAUCACGAGAUACUCUGCGACAGCGGCAACGGAGGUGGUGGAGAACAACCUUGGUGAAGGAUUUGCGGCGACAAUGGUCGAGGAGCCAGAGGCUGCUGAUGUCGGCAUGGACGAUGUCAAUUGCGUAAUGAAUACUGAAGUGAUAGUGCAACAGUUGCGGCAACCAGUGGUCAAUUUUAAUUUGGCACUAGCGAAGCAACAACCAUUACAGGGUGAUCAUAUUAGUCAUUUAGUUGAUAGUAUUAAUAUUAGUGACACAGCAAAUGCACAAUGCAAAGUAGUACAAAGGCAGUUGCUAUACUGUGAUGAGUCGUCUGUGGCGGCGAAUGGCAUACUGGAUAAUGAUAUACGAUUAGCGCACACAGAUGUCGCCAUGGCGCCAACCACAGAUAAUGCAAAUUUUGUUGCAAAUAGCGGCAGUAAUGCUUCUAUAGUAGAUGAUUUCAUUUGUUACCUGCGCAUACAAUACGAAGACCUAACAGCACGGCUCACGCCGUCACCCGCCAACCAAGCAACGUCAACCACCGCUACAUUAGAUGAUUUGUUGCAACACAAUUUGACUGAUACCUUAAACGACAGCGUUGAAAUCGGUCGGAAUCGGCUGAGUAACGCUUGGCAGCAUUUUCUUAACAGCAGCCACAGUAGAUGGAAUACCAGCGAUUUGUUGCCACAACUCGGCGCAGAGUUGGUGAAUUCAACAGCUGUGCAAGCUAACUAUAGUUGGCUGGCGGGCGCUUAUGAUGAUGCGCUCUGGUCAUGGAAUGUCUUUGAUGAGCUCAGCAAUGACAACGAGUCUGCGUCGGAUAGUGUUAUCAGCAGCAGCAGCAUCCACAAUGGCAGCAAUUCACUAGCAUCGCUGUGGGGUCCACGUAAUCUCAGCAACGACUAUUCGUUGGGCAAUAAGUUAGCGCGGCAACAUGAUUACGAGUGGAUAUUUCUUUGUGUCAUAUUCUUCAUAUUUGCCGGUGGUCUUGGCAAUAUUCUAGUCUGUUUGGCUGUGGCACGCGAUAAAAAAUUACAAAACGUCACCAAUUACUUCCUCUUCUCGCUGGCGAUAGCCGAUUUGCUGGUCAGUCUGUUUGUGAUGCCGCUGGGUGCGAUACCGGCGUUUUUGGGUUACUGGCCACUCGGCUUCGUUUGGUGUAACAUUUAUGUAACGUGCGAUGUAUUGGCUUGCUCCUCGAGUAUCCUGCAUAUGUGCUUCAUCAGCUUGGGACGGUAUUUGGGCAUACGAAAUCCGUUGGGAUCGCGACAUCGUUCGACGAAACGCUUGGCUGGCAUUAAGAUCGCCAUUGUGUGGGUUAUGGCAAUGAUAGUAUCCAGCUCAAUAACAGUUUUGGGCCUUUUCAAUAAGCACAAUAUCAUGCCGGCUCCGAAUAUUUGCGUCAUAAACAAUCGCGCUUUCUUUGUAUUCGGCUCGCUUGUGGCGUUCUACAUUCCUAUGCUAAUAAUGCUCACUUCCUAUGCUUUGACAAUACCACUGCUACGUAAAAAAGCGCGCUUUGCGGCCGAGCAUCCAGAAAGUGAACUCUUUCGACGUUUGGGUGGCCGUUUCACUAUACGACCGCAGCAAAGCCAACAGCAAUUGCAACUGCCCAACAACAACAGCUUACGUCGAAGCAAUAAUAGUCACACCAGCUACAGCAAAUAUUGUGGCAGCGAUAGCAAUCGCAAUUUCAGCGCGAAAAAUGAUGGAGUUAUUAACGCCACAGGCAACAGUGAUUGCGACAAGCAACAAACACACAGCUUGCGACAUGCUAACAAUGUAAACUAUUUGAACGUUUGCGGCAAAGCAGAUGGUAGUAGCACCAACUUUGGCAGUGCACUUUUCAAAUGCCACACCAGCUUUCGACGCAGCGGCAUGCGUCACACAUCAACGGCAUCAGUGCGCAUUAAGUCCCCGACACGCGACAUCGGUGGUAUGGAUCGGCGGAUGACGCAAUCACAAUCGGCGCAGCACAGCAGCUACUGGCGCACCCACGGCAAUCUGAACAUCAUGGACAGACAUCCUAAUCGACAUGCAUCGGUGCGUGUGAGCGCCUCUCAACCACAAUUGGGUUACUCUACAAACGGUGGCACGGCGGGUGGCGCGCUGAUCAACAGCGGCGGCGGAAACGACACUAACCUACGAAAGGAUGUCAUUAGCAGCAUCACCGGCAAUACGUCCAACAACAAUGGCAGUAAUAGUACAUUACUAUCAAAGCAGCACGGUGGCACUUGUGAGCAGAGCACACAAACACCCGAGUCCUUAAUGCGUGAAACACGACGCCACAAGCUGAAAGCAUUUAAAUUCUCACUGAAUAAUGUUACUACGCCAGCGUUGAAUUUGCGCUUCCUAAAUAAUCGCAACAAACGCAAUAGCUUAUCCGCCAAUGCAGUGGCCACCGAACAGAAAGCUACCAAAGUACUCGGCUUAGUCUUCUUCACCUUUGUCCUUUGCUGGUCACCGUUUUUCAUACUGAACAUCAUUUUCGCCGCUUGCCCCACAUGUCAGGUGCCCGAACAUGUUGUGGACACAUGCCUCUGGCUCGGUUAUGUUUCAUCAACAAUAAAUCCCAUUAUUUAUACAAUUUUUAAUCGAACAUUUCGUGCGGCUUUCAUACGGCUACUAAAGUGCAAUUGCGAGCGCUCCGGUCGGCCGUCACGCUAUCGUUCCGUCACCGAAGGACGCGGCGCAUUAAGUCUGUGCGCUCCAUCCGCCCUACCAUUAGCCAUUUCAUUUCAAGGUGCACCUUUGAUGACACCAUCAACUACAAAUGCAACACCGUUAAGCGAUUUUCGUGGCAGCUAUACGAUUACAGAUGAUGAGUGUUAAAAUGGAGAUGCACUCAUUUGCCUGUCGUGUGAGCUGACUGCAAACAGACCAGCAAUUAUUAUUUUAACUGAAAAUGACAACAUAAAUAUGCGAAUUGACGUUAUUCAAGGGGGUGAAAUUAUGGUGAAAUGACGAAACGAACACAUACAUAUGUAACUAGUGUUACCUAUGCAUACAUACAUAUAAAUGUAUACGAGUGGUGCGUGUGUGUGAUGCCAAAUGAAUGCUGUAGUCGUAUUGGAGUGUUGGUGAAUGAAUGUUCAUAGAAAUAUAUAACUCGUACCUAGUGAUGCUAUGUUUUCACAUAUAAACAUAAAUAUUCAGAUGUGGUUGCCAUAUAUGGUAAUAAGUGUAGCUAUAAAAUCUAUAUAAAAAUACACACAAAUGUAUACAUAAAUACAAGUAAAUUGGCAGAAGUUUAUUAUAACUUUUCCCAUGCAGUAUCAACGACCAACAGUUCAAGUAGACAAUUGAAAAAGUUGGUCAAUUCGUGAGGAAUUAUUAGGCAAAGGUUGUGGCGAACUUCAGCAACAAAUAUGUUCGUGCUUCGAAAGCAUUUAUUUUAGCACACAAGUUUGCUCCAAAAAGACGGUAGUUUUGCUUGCAAAGCAGGCACAGAGUAUAGUAGAAGCUAGCAAUGGCGAAUAAGCUGCAUACAUUUCCACAUAAUAAACAAACAAAAAAAGAAACAAAAAAUAAAUACAUAGAAAAGUUGGUCAUUUAUCUUUAGUCAGUGCAAGUGGUAUUUUUGGAAAACAAGGCAGAUAUUUUAAAACUUUAAUGUAUCCUAUUUCGUUACAAUGUAAGGUAAUUUUCAAUUUAGCACUACUUUGGCUGUACAAUCAGCAACUCAAUCAGCGGUUAACAGCUGUAACUUCGACGUUUUUACUGUUAUUCUAAUUAGCGAAAACAAAACACACAACAGCUGAUUGCGCUGCGAAUGCUAACUAACGAGUUUUGAAGAUUAUGUCGUACGUAUGUUGUUUUAAUUUGUUUACAGUUGUAGUUGUAUAAUUUCACAAACUGAGUGCAACUUAGCUGUCAAAAAUAAUAAAAAUAAUAAAAAUCAAUAAACAUCACGCAAUUAGUCAAGUGUUAAUUCAUAAUCUAAGAAAUUUUUACAACACUAGUAUAAAAAACUUUCAAUUAACAGUAAUUGUUAAACUAACUAUAUAAUUUACAUAUUUUAAUUUGCGCGCAAUUCACACUUAAAUUGACAAAAAAAAAGAAUUUUUUUUAAUAUACCGAUUUGUUAAAAAAAAAUUUUUUUUUAUGUAAAUUAAACAAUCAACAGUUGAAUUGAAUUAACACAUAAAUUGCGAAAACGCAACAAUACUUUAGAAAUGAAAACUCUUGUAAAAAAUUGAAACUCGAAUAUAAAUUGAACAAUACUAAUUGAGAUUAAUUUAAAAGUGUAAAAAAAACUAAGCUAAAACUCAUUUAUUUAUAGAUUUUCAUAUACUGUACCUUUACAUACGACUCAUAAAAAAAUAUUAUUUGCAAUUUUAAUAAAAUGUUUGAUAAUUAACAAUUAUUAGCGCGUUAAUGGUGAAAAUUACCAUUAUAAUGGCUAAAUUGAGCAAGUUCGUGACGAGCGUGUCGAUUUAGUCAUGUCCUUCUAUCUAUCCGUCAGUAUAUACGCAAACUAGACUCUGUUGAGAUAUCGAUCUGAAAUGCUGCACACUUUCAGCUAGAAGCUGCUCAUUUGUCGAAAACGCCACUAUCGGACAACUUUAGCAUAUAGCUGCCAUACAAACUAAACGAUCGAAAUCAGAAUAGAGAUCUUUUUAUACCUAUUUAUGCUACAAAAGUACACCUGUGAAUGGUAUUAUGGCUGCCGUACAGCCGAAGUUAACGGUUUUUCUCAAUUUAAUAUUAAAUUUUUGUUCGCUAAAUUUUCUAUUGAAAAAUCAAAUUAAUAUUGAAGUGAUAUUUGCUAAAUUUCAUUCGAAUUGCUGAAAUAAAAUUGAAAGAAUAUCUAAAAUAUUUGCGUUUUUAGCCUUGUUUCUUGAAUACAUUUUCACAGAAUUUAAUCUGCUAAGGAUAUACAAUAACAAAUUAAUAAAUGAAAUCUUUUUUCUUUAGGCGGCAAUUUGGGUUUAAUUAACGCCUUAAUAGAGUGAGCUGAGAUAUUUAACAAUGAAAUAUUUCUUUUAAGUUUUCUCUUCUUGCCUCAAUGAUUAAUUAAAGAACAUAUCAGAAUUGCGCAAUCACGUGUGUAUUUAAAAAUAAUAGACAAUAUUCUUUCGUAAAAAAAAUAAUUGAUAUUCAUUUCUUUUACAUGUAAAAAUAUUCCUUUUCAACCAGUUUAUACUCUCUGCUGCAAGUUUUGAUAAAUUUAUUAAAUUACAUGGCAAAUCAAAUAAUUACGUGGUAUCAAUUCACUACCUUAGGGUGAGAUAUAAGCUCUUAAGCACUGCAGAAAAUACGUAAAAAUACGAAUACGAGAAUAGUAAAACUGCACAUUAAGCAAAAACGUUAGCGCUUGUGUAAAUAUUUCAUGUGUUUACGCUUUUUUAAUGCCAAUAAUAGCUUGCAUAACUGUUACUAUUUUUCCAAUACGCUAUAAAUACAAAAAUGCUACAUAUUUGUUUAAAUUAGCAACAAAACGCUUAAUCGCUGUAUUCACAUUACUUAAUUGACGUUGAAUGAAUUAUGUUUUCGCUGGAAUUGAAAUUGAAAAACAAUCUACCAUAAAUAGCAAUGUAUACAUGUUAGCGUUUGAAAUAGCGCAUGCAUUGCAUAACAAAGGUGUGCAUGAUUUGUAAUCGAAACAAUUAACAAACGAGCACGUUAAAACCUAUAAAUUUACUGAUAACUCUGCUAGCAUACUAAUUGCGCAAAAACAGUGUGACGAUCUAUAAUGAAUAUAUGGCACAAUAUUUGUUAGGAUGCUUGUGGGAGCAAUAUGCACAUGUAUUUAUGCAUCUCUUGAGUGUUACUAAAAUUAGCUGAGCGAUUCUAAACGAGUUCAAUUGAACGUGUUACUCAUUUUGUAUUUUUUCUUUAUUCAAAUAAAAGAACAAAUAUUUGUUCUAGUACAUUCUGUACUGAAGAUAUUUCUAGGUAGGUAGUUAGGAGUGCAGCUCCUUCGCGCUCAAUAAAAUGGCGUUUACAUGGGGAUUCUUUUGUUACUCAUUAUCGGCAAAUUUUCUUUUAGUCUCGCUCUGUGCAUUCAUAUGAGCGAAAAGAGUCUAGCAAAAAAAUUAGCAAAGGUUUGCGCGGUUCGGUUUUGCUACACUUAGAGCGUGUUGAGCGUAUUUUGCUUACAAGGAAUUACCAUGAAAGUGGUACAACAAUAUUUGGAAUACCCGCUAUUAUUAUUUUCAAUGCCAAAUGCAUGGCGGGAAUUCUCUAAUCUAUCGGAAAUUAUUAAAAACCCCUAAUUUGUAUAUUCCAAAUUUUUUUCUACAAACAUUCAUGAAUUAAGUACAUUUCUUGUUUUAAAUAAAAUAUAACAUAAUUUUCGAACUAAAUCAGUUGCGGUUAAACGAAAUAAAUAUGAAAGCAUCUUAACAUUUUCUGUAAAUAUAAAAAACUAAAAGUAACUACAUUUCUAUUAUAAUUAUUACUUUUUAUACUACUAAAUAUUAUUAAAAAUAUAAAUUAAAUAUUUUUGAGUAUCUUAAUUUUAUCCUUAUUCACGAUUUUACAAAAUAAUUCUAUUAUUCUAUGCAUAUUAUACAAAGCGUGGCACCCUUCAUCUCUCCACGGCGUCCCCUCGCCCACCAAAAAGCGAUUUGGGCGACAAAAGACUCCAUGUGUGAACUGGGACUUAGCGCUAGAUGCGCCAUUUUGAUACACUAUCGUAAGACCUUUAAAUCUUGAUCUCCGUUAUGUUUUACUAAAUAGACAUUUAAAGCUUGGUACCUGAUGGAUUCCAAGAGUUCAAUGUCAAGCUUGUUCAAGAGAGUUCUGCACCGCAGUCAAUUUUGAAGCCAUCGGUAUAGAUGGAGAUAGUAUCCUCCUCACCUACUAAACCUCUUCUCUAUUCACUUCUAGAGAGUGGUAGUAGAUGUUUUUUCAUAGAUCAAGUAUAGUAUUUUGUUUUCGACUUAAUACAAAAAAAUUUCGACCUAGAUUUCUACCCAUUUAAUUAGAUAUCCCAAAACUAUGAAUUAUGAAAACAGAUUAAUAAGCAUGGAAAACUAUAAAAACAACUGCCUUUCAUUGCACUCCCGGGUAAUUACAAAAACAGUUAAACAGAAAUGAAACUUCAACUCUCUCGCAACCACAUAGGCAAACUUAUUAGAAGCGACUGUGCAAAGUUUAACAACUGAGCGGGGAAAGCGUGAAUUUCAGAGUAGAAAAUCGGCGUCAAUGGAUCAAAAUGAAAAACAUAAAACCAACAACAAAACUUUUAGUAAAAUUCUGCGAAUAACUGAGAGUUUAAUUAAUUAGUGAUUUAUGUAGGUAAUGAACAGAGGAAGAACAGCGGAAGGGGAGUGUUAAGGAAGCCAAAUAAAUGAACCGAAAAUAAAACAUAGCAGUAAUCAGCUUAAACCACACUUUGGCUUAAUAUAAUAAAAUAUUGCACUUUCAUGAAUUACAUAAGAAAACAGUUAUUUAUAUUUGUAUAUGUGUCAAUGUGUUUGUGUGUUUGUGUAUAUGAGUCUAUGUGUUUAUGUGUUUGUGUGUUUUUGCUUUUAUGCAAUUAUAUAUAUUGUAUGUGGGCGUGUAAGUUGGCUUACGCAAAAGUGCAGCUUUGUAAAGAAGAAGACAAAAGCAAAAGCAUAAGCAUUCACUCAUCUCAACCAAAAAAGUGUACGAAGGCAGUCACUUCAAGAUUUACUACUAAAGAAUAUCAAAUUAUUACUGUAAUAUUUACGCCUAUUUUAUAUGUACUUAUGUAUGUAAGUGAAAAUCUAAAUUUAAUAUGAGUAAAUGUACCUCUCGACUUGCUAUAAAUACGUAUAUUACAUUUAUAUGUAAAUAUGCUAAGGGCAUAAGCAAAUUGAGUAUAAGAAAUAGUGUUAAAAAUAGUAGUUUGGUGUUAAUAAAGGUGUUCAACAAAUAUUGUUGCAGCCCUAAAUAAUUUUGGUGGAAUAUAUAUAGGUAUAUUUAUAUUAGCAAAGAUUUUGUUGUAAUUUGUUAAGCUAAAUUCCCUUAUGUACUUAUACACAUUAGCGUGUCCAUUAUUUUCUAAGAGGGUUUUUUUUUAUUUCUUUUGUAAACGCCCCCUGAGGUUAUAGUUGUUGUCUUAAAAAAUUAUCCAAGGUAAAGAAGUUCUUUUUUUUCAACUGUGCAUACAUUGUUUUACUUUUCCCAUAUAUUUUAUAUGGAAUUUUUUGAUCUUUUGCAAUAUAGUUUUUAUCUCCAAAGCAAAUAAACUAAAACUAUAAAGAAGUAAUAUUGUCAUACAAAAUUGUUGCACUCUACAGAAAAUGUCUUAAUGAUUUUUUUAAAAUUUAUAUCCAUGUAUGCAUUAAUUGUGAUAUAUUCAUAUAGUACACCAUGUCGUAUGAGCAAUACAUAAUAUAUUGUAUAAAUCACUUGUAUUAAUGUUUACGUUGAAUCCGUAUUUUUAAGACAAAAGCUAAAACUUCAAAAGGCGUUUGCCAAAAACAAUCAACUUAGAAAAUAACGAACAUACAUAGACACACAAGACUUAAAUUUUUACUACAAUGUUUUGCUAGCGAAUUUAAUAAAAAUGUAUGACCGUAUAGACAUACAGGUAUGUAUCUGUGGUCACAAAGCUGAACCGCUCGAGUUAAGACUAUAUUGUUAUUAAUUUAUUUAAUUAUUAUUAAUUCAUUUAAUUAUUAUUAAAUAUUGAAUUAAAUUAUAUAUUUAUUGGGAACGAUUUGUUAUGAACAAAUGAAUAAUAAAUAAUUUAUAGUUAUUAAUAUCUCUACAGCUCAUUGUUUUAAUCUAAAAUAAAUCUUAUAAGCAAAAUUUGCUUAUUUUUUCCAACUUGCCCACAAAGGAAGCGAGUUAAGCUGUUACGUUUUGUAAAUGAUAGAAUUAUAUACUUUAUAUUCAUUAAACUACAAAUAUUUGCAUUUUUCAGUUGAAAGUAUUGUAUUUCUUAUCAACUAAUUUAAGUACUAUUGAAGUAUUAUAGUUAUUAUAAACAAUAUAAUAUUUUUUACUAAAGCAACAUUUUUUAACAACGUUCAAAGAGCAAAUUUAUAUAUUUUUAAUUUGAUGCCUUAAUUGUAAUAUUAAUGUUAAAAACCAAAAUAAAUAUUUAAAAAAAAUUUAAUUUUUCAUUACAUUUUUUUUUUUAAUAAAUGAUUAUAAAGUUUUUCGUUUUUAAUUACAACAUUGAUAAUUGUUUUAUUUUUACUUUAUAGUCACUCAUGUCAAACUCUGCUCUCGUUUCCUUACACUGAAAUCAUAAAAUGACUCGUACACAAUAUGAAGUUACUAUACCAGAUCUUUCUUUUGAUUUGGUGAAAAAAUACAUGUUACAUAGAUUAAAAUCUUAAAUGAAUAUAUGGAUAUAUAUAUAAAGACUUAUUUUUAAAUUUUUAAACUCUCACAAAAGGCAACAAGCAAUUGCUAUAAACGCUGGAAGGUAGGAACAAAAAUCAAAAUGGGUUCAACCCCUAAUUCCUAAAUAAAAAAUUCAAAGAAAAGCAUAACAUUUUUUAUUAAAAUAUUAUUCUUAUAAGUUAUCAUCAUGAACUUUCGCUACGUUUUCUCAAUAAAAUUAAAGAAAUCAAGAAAAAAUGUACGAAAAAAUUUAAGUACUCUGAUUUUUUGGGGAGAAAUUCCUCACACUAUUUUACAUCAAACGUACUCCAGGAAACUAUAAAUAAUAAGUAUUAUAAGCAACUCCUGGCAACAUCGCUGAAAAUGAUUUUUUAUGGUUAGAAUAAGCGAGCCAUUGAUUCAUAAUAACCAAAAAAUGCGAAUGAAGCAAAAACUUUGAAACUUUUUGUUAUUUUGCUUUGCUACUUAAUACGAUUUUAAGUUUUAGUAUUUUUACGAUGGACAAAUAUAAUGAAAUAAAAUUUCAAUCUUCGCUUUCUUUCUCUACAUAUUUUUUUAAUUUACCUGGUAGCCAUUUAACAAUGGGUCUCCUAAAGGCUCUUCCUGGCAGCCAUAAUAAAGAAAUUAAAAUUACAAAUUAUUAAUAAAAAAAAACGAAAUAUAUUUAUAUUAAUAUAUUAAACGAAAGCUGAUGUUAUUGUAUUCAAACACAUAAAUAAUUAGUAGCAAUAGAAUUGUUAAUACUGAGUUCAUUUAUUUAAUUAAGUACCAUAGUAUUGGAAGCAGUAUAUAUGUAUGUAGAUGUAUUUAUCAUUUGAAUUACAAUGAUUUAGUUACCGUUACACGCAGCUAUGUUAUUAAAAUUAGUAGGUGUAAUUAGGUAAAUGCUUACCAUAAUAGUGUCUAUUAGUUUAGAAAUGUUGUGUAUGUAUGUUUAUAUGGCUCAUGUAUGUAUAUGUGGCUCAAUUACUAUAAAGCAAGAACAAGCAUAAUAAAAUAUACAUAAAAAUUGAUAAAAAUAUA